AAGUAAAGCUCUCUGAUUUCAUCUCAGGUUAAAACACUGUAUAUUAUAGCUGUACGUGCUGUAUAUAAAAGCAGCGUACAACAGGCAUUUCCAACACUAUCCUUUUUCUGAUACCUGAACGUCAGACGAGAGACAAAAAAUAUGCGUGAGUGCAUCUCCAUUCAUGUGGGCCAAGCUGGGGCUCAGAUUGGUAAUGCAUGCUGGGAGCUGUACUGUCUGGAACAUGGAAUCCAGCCAGAUGGACAAAUACCAAAUGACAGGACCACUGGAGGGGAUGAUUCCUUCAAUACCUUCUUUAGUGAGACAGGGGCAGGAAAACACGUUCCCAGGGCCAUCUUUGUCGACCUUGAGCCCACUGUCAUUGAUGAGGUGCGCACAGGAACCUACCGUCAACUAUUCCACCCUGAGCAGAUGAUUACAGGAAAAGAAGACGCUGCCAACAACUACGCCCGUGGUCACUACACCAUUGGCAAAGAGAUCAUAGAUCUUGUUUUGGACAGAACACGUAAACUGGCUGAUCAGUGCACUGGUCUGCAAGGUUUCCUCAUCUUCCACUCAUUUGGUGGUGGUACCGGCUCUGGUUUUACCUCUCUUCUAAUGGAGAGGCUGUCUGUUGAUUAUGGGAAAAAGUCAAAGCUUGAGUUUGCCAUCUAUCCGGCACCCCAGGUUUCUACAGCAGUAGUAGAGCCUUACAACUCCAUCUUGACUACCCACACCACACUGGAGCACUCCGACUGUGCUUUCAUGGUGGACAAUGAGGCCAUCUAUGAUAUCUGCCGCAGAAAUCUUGACAUUGAGAGACCAACCUACAGCAACCUGAACAGGCUUAUUAGUCAGAUUGUGUCUUCAAUCACAGCAUCCCUGCGUUUUGAUGGAGCCCUGAAUGUUGACCUGACAGAGUUCCAGACCAACUUGGUGCCUUAUCCUCGUAUCCACUUCCCUCUGGCCACCUACGCCCCAGUGAUCUCUUCUGAGAAAGCCUACCAUGAGCAGCUAUCUGUGGCUGACAUCACUAACACCUGCUUUGAGCCAGCUAGUCAGAUGGUGAAAUGUGACCCACGUCGUGGUAAAUACAUGGCUUGCUGUCUUCUGUAUCGUGGUGAUGUUGUACCCAAAGAUGUCAACUCAGCCAUUGCUGCCAUCAAGACCAAACGUACCAUCCAGUUUGUGGACUGGUGUCCCACAGGUUUCAAGGUGGGAAUCAACUACCAGCCUCCAACUGUGGUUCCUGGAGGAGACCUUGCUAAGGUGCAAAGAGCUGUGUGCAUGUUGAGCAACACCACCGCCAUUGCUGAGGCCUGGGCCAGGCUUGACCACAAGUUUGAUCUCAUGUAUGCCAAGAGAGCCUUUGUCCACUGGUAUGUUGGAGAGGGAAUGGAGGAGGGAGAGUUCUCAGAGGCCAGAGAAGAUUUGGCCGCUUUGGAGAAGGAUUACGAAGAAGUGGGUGCUGACAACGUAGAUGACGAUAAUGAUGAAGAGGAAUACUAAGCAGACUUUGUGUAAAGCCUGCUUUUAGACAAAGUUAUUAGGUGUCUUUCUGAUUUUAAGAGCAUUUACACAGCAAAAUUGUUUGCAGCAAGUUGAAAUUUAAAAAACAGAGACCCUAUCCAACAUUUGGAAAUGUGGUUACAUAUUAGACCCAAGUUAAUUCCAUUAUGCAGGUUCAAAAUAGAACAACUGUGGAUAAUAAGUCAAACUACUUUUUUUUCAUAUUUUUUUUUCUUUUUGAGAUCCAAAUAAGAUAUAUAUGGGGCACCCAACUUUUUUGAUGAUACAACUUUUGUUCAUCUACCUACAAAGUAGGCAAUUUUUGGCUGAGGCCCUGCUUAACACACAAACAGCUUCGGCAAAAUCCACACAAAAGCUCACAAAACUAUGAAAUAGAUUUGUUCAAAUCAAAUCCCAAUAAUCGUACAUUUGAAAGGCAUGAACUGCACAUUGAGGCACUUGGUAAUAAAAUAAAUUUAAUUUCACUUGUCCAAGCAUUGUCUAUUUUAGAAAUGUACUGUUCAUAUUGUAAUCGUUUGGUGUGGUGCUAUCAAAAAGUUUCAGCCCUAAACAGAACACAGUUGUUUUUUUGUUUGAGCGUUUCUUUCAGCUUUUUUGUAAGGCUAGAAAACUUAGACCCAACCCUCCAUUUUGUUCCCCUCCCCCCAAGUGUCCUCUCCCAUAAGGAAUGCAAGUUAUGAAAGGACUCCUAUGUCAGUUUCUACGUACCAUUCAGCUGUGACUCAGAGUGAGAACCAUGGAGAAUAACUGAUGUCCUCACUGACUGGGGUUGUUUGUACAGCUCAUUCUCAGACAGCAGGCUGUAGCAACAAUGGGAUCCCAGUUCAGUUUUGCAUGCAUGUAUGUAUAACAGCUUUGUAAUUCUAUUAGGGCAGUUUUAUUUUGUUUAGUCUUGAGUUAUGCUGUACUUUACAGUUGCUUCGGUGUUUUAACUCUGUGUUGAAUUGAUCACAAAUUAUAUACAUGAAAACCAGUGUACCAUUUCUUUUAAUACAACAUUUUAGCAUUGCCAUUAUGUGUUCUCCACUUGUUCUAUAAUUAAAGCAUAUGUCUGCCAUGUUCAGUACCAAGAAUAAAAAAAAUAUUUUUAUUCCA